AUGCAGGCAGAUUCCGACACAGCCUGUUUCUACGCAGACAAGGUGAGGCGCGAGAGGGAGAAGAAGACUCGGAGCGUUAAGAAUAUGAUUCACCAGUGGAUGCAGAUGGUCAAUAGGGACGGAAAUGCGCGGAAAUACGGAGAGCAAAUAGGACGCCGCCUCACAAGCACGGGCGGGGGGGGGGGGGGGGGGGGGGCAACUUACCUUCAAGAUAGCGACACCUCUCAAUUUCAACAGUCAUUCCGCCCUCCGCAAGCCUGGACGGCCCCAUGA